UUCCCCUCUGCUCCAGGUGGCUCCUUAUUACCUAGUGGGUCACGGCAGGAGCCUUCUCACUGGCCUGCCCUGGCCACUCUCCAUGUCUAUUCACACCCCGCAGCCUGAGGGAUCUUGUUAACAUAUAAAUCAGAUCCGGUCACUCCACAGCUUAAAACCAUCCAGUAAUUCCUACCUCAUUAAAAAAAAAAAGUCCAAGCUUCUCAUCCAGACAGCCGUCCAGCCCCCCACCUCUCUUCUGGUCAGCUUCAACACAUUUUCCAACCAACUGAGUACAGACAGGCCCUUCCCUUCACUUGCUCGUAACUUGCUCGGGCACAUUCUUCCCCUCCUGAUCUAAUGCCUGACUUCUCAUUCUUCUGGCUUCAUCUCAGGCGAUAAUUUCCCCAUCUUACUCCUCGUAUUUUUUAAUGUGUCUUGGUUAUUUCCUCCUCACCCAUGGGUUGGUUCCGUCACUAGAGCUUUUUGCCUGCAGCCUUUCCCGUUUGUUCGCUACCGGGUCCCCAUUGCCCAGGAUCCACUGAGUCGGUGUUUGUGGAAUGAAUGGAAGCUGAAGCUGGGAUGGGAAGGUGCCUGGCCUGCACAGUGCUGAAGGGAAAGUGUUACAGGCAGUAGGUUUACUCUGGGCGCUAUCCACGUAGCCUCUCUGGAGGCAAUGUCCCCACAAUUCUGAGUCGACCUGUGACCAGCUUCUCUUCUCUCCCAGUCUAGGAAAAGCUGACCCCUCUCACCCAGCUGGGACCCUGCAAUGCCUGCCCCCCAGUGCACCUCCUGCCACAAGGCCCGAGCCGCCCUGCGUUGCCCGCGCUCGGGCCAAGAGCUGUGUGGCACCUGUUUCUGCAUGGCCCUCGAGGCCGAGGUGCUGCACACGGUGGUCACGGGCCACCUGCUGCCUCGUGGCGCGGUGGUGGCCGUGGGUGCCUCCGGCGGCAAGGACUCCACGGUGCUGGUGCACGUGCUGCGGAAGCUGGCACCCCACCUGGGCAUCUCGCUGCAACUGGUGGCCAUGGACAAGGGCAUCGGCGGCUACCGGGAGGUGGCGCUGGCCACGGUGCGGUGCCAGGCUGCGAGAUGGGAGCUGCCACUCACCGUUGUGGCCUAUGCCGACCUCUGGGGCUGGACAAGGGACGCCAUGGCCCACAGCAUGGCCGGCUCUGGCCACAGCCGCUCCUGCUUCACCUUCUGUGGGGUGCUGCAGCGCCAGGCGCUGGAGGAAGGGGCAAGUCUCGUGGGAGCCACGCACGUUGUGACAAGCCACAACGCCGAUGACAAGGCGGAGACCUUGCUCAUGAACUUCCUGCGGGGCGACGAGGGCUGGCUGGCCCGGGGCGGGGGCCUGGGCUCCCCGGGCGAGGGGGGCGCCCUGCCGCGCUGCCUCCCGCUGCACCUGGCCUCGCAGAAGGAGGUGGUGCUGUACGCGCACUUCCGCCGCCUGGACUACUUCUCCGAGGAGUGCGUCUACGCGCCCGAGGCCUUCCGCGGCCACGCGCGCGACCUGCUCAAGCUGCUGGAGGCCGCGCGGCCCUCCGCGGUGCUGGACCUCGUGCACUCGGCGGAGCGCCUGGCUCUGGCCCCUUCGGCCCGGCUCCCGCCCGCCUGCGCCUGCUCCCGCUGCGGGGCGCUGGCCAGCCGCGCGCUCUGCCAGGCCUGCGCCCUUCUGGACGGCCUGGACCGCGGCCGGCCCCGCCUGGCCAUCCGCAAGGGCGGCCGGGGGCUGGACGAGAUGUGGCCGCCUGGGGCGCAUCGGGAGGAGGUCCAAACCCCAGGCUCCAAGGCCGCAGCCUCCGAGGCUGUUCCCUCCUUCUAGGGACCACAGUUUUCUGCUGGGAUCCGACCUGGAACUCAGGGAGCCUGCAAAUGACACUGUGAAUAAACCCCCGUUACCUUUG